AUGGGCAAGCGCAAGAAUGAGGCGCCUGCCAACGGCAUGGCCAAGAAGAAGAGGGCCAUCUCAGAUGAUGAGGCGCAUAAGAACUUCCGCGACGGUCUCUUCGAUAGCAAAGUGCUCGAGACAUACGCCAACGCAUACGCCCAGUCGCAGCCGUACGCCUACAAGCACGCCGUCAUCCAGAACCUGGUCAACGACACGCUCCUCCGCAAUGUCCGCAACGAAAUCCGCGAGCACAUCCACUUUACACCCAAAGAGACGGACAUCUACAAGAUUCACCAAUCUGGUGAUCUUGCCAAUCUCGACGGCCUUCAUGACUCGGCGCUCAAGCGCUUGCCGUCGCUUCUCACUCUCCGCGAUUCGCUUUAUUCGUCCGCGUUCCGCAAGUACCUAUCUUCGAUAACAGGGUCUGGACCUUUGAGUGGGGUCAAGACAGACAUGGCUGUGAAUGUCUACACACCAGGAUGUCAUUUGCUAUGCCAUGACGAUGUCAUUGGAAGCCGUCGCGUAAGCUGGAUUCUAUACUUGCUUGACCCUGACAUUGAAUGGAAGGCCGAGUGGGGAGGUGCACUACGACUGUACCCAACCGAGGAUCUUGAGACGCCAGAUGGUGACAAGGUCAAGGUACCGCAACCGGACUUCUCUUUAUCGAUUCCGCCUGCAUGGAACCAACUCUCCUUCUUCACGGUACAGCCCGGCGAGAGCUUCCACGACGUCGAGGAAGUAUACAGGAGGGGCGUAGAGGAGAAGGCAGAAGAGGAUGGUGGGCGCAUCCGCAUGGCCAUUAGUGGUUGGUUCCACAUUCCACAAGAAGGAGAGGAGGGCUAUGAGGAGGGUCUUGAAGAAAAGUUGGCCGAGAAGAGUUCGCUCGCUCAGCUCCAAGGAGGAAAGGCUGACGUCUUUGAUGAGCCACAAUCACAUUGGGUCGAGAACCCAUACUGGGAAGAGCAAGCGAAACAGGAAGACGAUGAGCUCACAGAGGAUGAGAUCGACUUCCUCAUCAAGUUCAUCAACCCAAACUAUCUCGUUCCAGACACUGUGGAGGAGCUCUCGAAGAUGUUUUCUGAUGAGUCGUCUUUGCGGCUUGCGCAAUUCCUGUCAAACAAGUUCUCUGCACGGUUGCGGGAGUACCUCGAAACCAAGGACCACGAGGCGGUACCUAGCCUACCCACCAACCCACAUCACAAGGAGUCGGUAGUUGGAGUCGCACGCCCACCACACAAGCACCGCUUCCUUUACCGUAAGGCCGUCCAACCCAUACCAACGACACCAUACCCUGAGAACGACGGCAUGACACCAUACGACGACCUUGUAGAUAUCCUCUUUCCUCAUCCCGCUUUUAUGAAGUGGAUCUCGCUCGUAACAGGUAUUACACUAACAAAGAGCAACAUUUUUGCGCGCCGUUUCCGUCGUGGUCUAGACUAUACGUUGGCAACCGCGUACGAGGAAGAAGACCCACAGCUUGAAGUCUGUCUCGGUAUCACACCUUCGCGUGGCUGGGGCGAUGAAGACGAAGAGCCUGAAGAAGCUGCCGUGGAGGAAGCCUCGCAAAAGAGCAAGUCGAGCAAGAAGAAGAAGAACAAGGCCAACAAGGAGAAAGCAACUGAGCAGCCCAAACCGGAGGAGGAAGUCGGCGGCUACGAAAUGUACAUGGCUGGUGAAGAGGACUCGGAACAUGCCGUACCCACAACCUCGGAAGGCUCAACCUCGACCGGCGCCGGCCAGCGCCGCAAAGCAAAAGCCGAUCCCGCCAUCUACAAAUCCGCUGGCGAUGAUGAAGAUGACGGUAUCUUGUUCAGCCAGCCUGCGGCGUGGAACAACAUGGCUAUCGUGCUGCGUGACCGGGGCGUACUGCGCUUUACAAAGUAUGUGAGCAAGAGUGCCAAGGGCGACCGAUGGGACGUGUGCGCCGAGUAUGGGGUUGAAUUUGGCGAGGACGAAGAUGACGAUGACGACAAUGACGACGAUAUGAAGGAUAAUUAA